UCUGCUGCUUAUCAUUGUUAGCUUGACACUGGUGACAGCUGUCAUAAAAGAGAUGUGCUCGUGAGUUGACCCAGUCGUAUAUAAACAUACGUAAAUAAUUAUUUGGCAGUUUGCAACGAUCGUUGCGAAGCAAUUACCGGUUUAGCAUCUCGUUUCGUCUUGCACGAUCGCUGCUCAAGCUGCUGAUUAUAUAUCUUUGGCGUUUCAAACAACAUACGCGUGAAGGAUGACAAUGGGCGAUGAGACCCCAGUUACAUCACUGGUCCUUCCUGUUAUAUUAAGACCGAUAUUAACUAAGCUGGAAAGGCAAAAUGUGAUGGCUGCACAAACUCUACGUGCAGCUCUCUCGAAAGCAGAGAACUCACAUCCUGGAAUUACACAUGAUUUAAUUUUGGGUAUAAUACGUAGAGCAGAACUUAAUCUUGAUAUGAAUGAGAGUGUUUUACGGUUGCAAGGUGCUGCUUCUGAUUACGAUGUUGUGGAAUAUCGGUCGGCACGUUCAGAAGAUGCAUUUCAAGAAUUGAAUCGUAAAUCAACUUCUUUGAAAAGAAUUCUCAGCAGAAUUCCUGAUGAAAUUACAGAUAGAAAGACUUUUCUAGAGACAAUCAAAGAAAUCGCGAGUGCGAUAAAGAAACUUCUAGAUGCUGUAAAUGAAGUUACUGCCUUUAUACCUGGUUCAGCUGGCAAACAAGCCUUGGAUCAACGCAAGAGAGAAUUUGUAAAGUAUAGCAAAAGGUUCAGCAAUACAUUAAAGGAAUAUUUUAAGGAAGGACAAGCAAAUGCAGUAUUUGUAAGUGCAUUGUACCUGAUACAUCAAACAAACAUGAUUAUGCUCACAGUAAAGGAUAAAUGUGAGUAAACAACAAUAUUACAAUGAAUUCUCAGAAGUCGUAUGUGAUAUCUUUCAUACACAGGAAAGCUGGAUUAUAUUAAUAUUACAACCUACCAACAUCCUAAUCUACAUUCUAUUAUACAGACAAUGUGUGUGGUGUGUGAUAGAAUUGAAAUAUUCGAUAUAAAAGAUUUUAUGUCAUUAUGUUCGCGCAUGUUGAUUACUUCAUCAUAAUUUUUGUUAUAUACAUUAAGUAAUGUUGGGAUAUAUAUCAUUCAAAAUUAUUUAUGCUUUUAUUUUAUGCCAAUUCAUAUAAAUUCUCAUUGUAAUGAUUAAUAAUGGUAUGUAUAAGAGAAUGUUUAGACGUGAGGAUGAUUUUAUUGCUAUAUGAAAAUAAUGCAUCAUGCUCUCUUUUUAUCUCUUCAUUGCUUUAAAGAAUAUAAAAUAUCUGACAAUUUAAGUAGAAUAUUGAAAUCAAUAAGUUUGGGGUGUGGUAAUAAAUCAGU